AUGAGACCAACAAGCACCAUGAUGGUAUAUCGCCAUACUGUGAAACCCCCAAGCGUCCAUCCGCGUGAGUUGAUGUGGCUUUGUACCCCAUCAUGACAACUUUUAACCCUCAACUCACUGGAACUCCAAUUCCAAACGCACCAGCCAUUCGAUGUGUCUAUCAAUUUCCCUACAAGACAGCAGAUCGAAAACAUUCAUGUGCGCCCAAAUGGCCACCUGCUCUUGAGCACUCUCAACUCUGGCAAUUUUCUCACCCUCGAUCCCUACGCGGUAUUACCAAGCCCAGAGGUCGUAAUUAGUCUACCCAACGUGACUGCUUUAACGGGAAUAUCAACCAUUAACGAAGAAGCAAACAUCUUCGCCGUCUGUGGUGGCGAACAUGUCUCCUUCGGCUUCGUCGAUGGAAUUAUGGCAUUGUUUAUUGUGCAAAUUGUUGUAGAUGCUGAAAACCGCGAACAUGGUGUUGUCCUCGAUCGAAUUCCAGUUAAUGCAUCACUUAAUGGAAUGGCCUCGCUUCCCACAAAGCCCCAUGUUAUAUUAGUUGGAGAUUCGACUGGAGGAAACGCGGGCGUGAUUGGUGUCAACACUCGUACGCACGAAGUCGGCAUUGCAAUCAACGACCCCGCUCUAGGUACUGACAAAAAUGGCCCUCCCAUCGGGAUCAACGGGUUGAAAAUCUAAGGCGAUUACCAAAACUACACCAACUCGAGCAAGGGCACGUUUGGGAGAUUUCCAAUCGAUGGAGACGGGAGUAAAGUAGGGGAUGCUGAGAUUCUGGCGACGAUUCCGGACUUUCCUCCGAGUUUUAGGAAUACUUAUGAUGACUUUGCGUUGGAUGAGCGUGGGAAUGCAUAUGUAUCGUUGCAUUCGUUUGCCUGUGUCAAGAUCACGCCUGGAGGAGAGCAGAUGUUGUGGAUUGGGGGUAUGGGAGAUUUUGCGGAUGUACUGAAGCUGACCUCUGCUGCUGUUUCUAGAGAUGGGAGGUUGGUUUAUGUGGCUACGGGUGGAACUACCGUUGGUAGUACGGUGUUGGGAGGACAGGUCUUGGAGAUUGGGAUUUAG